AUGAUGGACCCUCAACACCUGGUGGGCACGGCUGAUUUGAGCCUUAUCGAAGCUCCAGUUACCUGGCAUGCCUACAUGAUCUGUGGCUUCGCCAGCUUUGGAGGUAUCCUCUAUGGCUAUGACUCCGGUUACAUCUCGGGCGUUCUUGGCAUGGACUACGUCAAGAAGAAUUUUGGUGUGGCUGUCCCCAAGUCUGACGAGAAUCCUACUGGCUUUGUGAUUCCUAGCUCUCGCAAGUCUUUGAUCACUUCGAUUCUUUCCGCUGGUACCUUCAUUGGUGCUCUUCUGGGUGGCACAGCUGCUGAGCAUAUCGGCCGCCGUCUUACCAUUAUGCUUUCCUGCCUGAUCUUCGCUGUCGGGGUCGCUGUUCAGGUCGGUACUGAGACCAUCGGUGGCCUAGUUGCUGGCCGUUUCGUUGCCGGUCUCGGUGUUGGCGGUGUUUCAGCCGCAGUCGUCCUUUACGUCUCCGAAAUCAGCCCUCGCAAGGUCCGCGGCUUGCUUGUCUCUGCAUACCAGUGGGCUAUCACAAUCGGCCUGCUGGUAGCUUCUGGCGUGGAUCAGGGCUGUAAGGAUAUUGACUCUCGCUCUUCCUAUCGGAUUCCCAUCGGUCUUCAGUUCAUUUGGGCGGCUCUUCUGGCUGCUGGCCUGUUCCUCCUGCCCGAAUCACCUCGCUAUUAUGUUCGAUGUGGCCGGAUGAGCGAUGCACUUCGCUCGCUUGAGAGAGUUCGCGGCCAGCCCGGUUCGCACCCUGCAAUUCAGGCGGAACUUGCCGAGAUCCAAGCCAAUUUCGAGUACGAGAAGCAACUCACCAAUAACUCCUGGGCCGACUGUUUCAAAGGUGGCAUGUCCCCUCGCGGAAACUUGCGUCGAGUGCUUACGGGUAUCUGCCUCCAAAUGUUCCAGCAGUGGACUGGCAUCAAUUUCAUCUUUUAUUAUGGUACCACCUUCUUCCAGUCCGUUGGCUUGAAGAAUCCAUUCCUGAUCUCGACCAUCAUGAACAUUGUUAAUGUGGUCACAACUCCCGCUUCCUUCUGGAUGGUCGAGAAAUUGGGUCGCCGACCUUUACUCCUUGGAGGGGCCGCUAUCAUGUGUGUCUGCGAGUUCCUGGUUGCUAUUGUUGGCGUUGCCAAGGAGGGAAGCCAGGCUGCGAGCACAUGUCUCAUCGUCUUUACCUGCCUGUACAUCGCCGCUUUCGCAACUACCUGGGGUCCAGCUGCAUGGGUCGUUGUGGGUGAGAUCUACCCGCUUCCUAUUCGAGCUAAAGGUGUUGCUCUUGCGACGGCGUCCAACUGGUUGUGGAACUGUGUCAUUGCGGUCAUCACCCCCUACAUGGUGGACGAGAAGGAAGGUAACUUGAAGGUCAAAGUCUUCUUCGUCUGGGGUAGCGCUCUGUUCUUGUGCCUGCUGUUCGCCUAUUUCUUCAUCCCAGAGACCAAGGGACUCACCCUGGAACAGAUCGACAAGAUGCUUGAAGAAACCAAUCCAUCGACUAGUGCCAAGUGGAAGCCUCAUGACACCUUUGCUCAUGAAAUGGGCAUGCUUGAGAAGACCCAAAGUAGCGCAGUCCUGGGGGAGCCAAAGCUCGGGGGGCAGCCAACGACAAUGCCAACGCCGAGGCUAGAGGCUCUAUUUGAAGAAUGA